AGACUAGAUUUGGGAAAUGCCCAGUAAGCAAUGCUCUGUCGUUCGGUUCCUGGUCAGAGUUGGCUUGGAGGUUUGUUUCUGAAAGGUCAUUGCAUUAGGAAUUAUUACUCUUUCAGCAGUCGAUCUCUAUCCGGUUCCCUUCAUGAAUACAACAGAAUCUCAACCCACAAAGUCUGGUUAGAAAUGUGAUCCUCUGCAAGCCAAUCAAACUUGCACACCGGAAUCUCUACGGCCGUAAUUUGCAUUCCAUAUCUCAGCGGCCGCGGAGGCUCCCGGCGGGCUGCUCGCCGCUCAAGCACAUCUCCGUCUUCAUUCUUUUCCAAGUUUCAUAAGGUGUGUGCCAGCUUACCUAUGCUAUCUGAAUAUCUCGAGUAGUGACCUACUCGUCAGGAAUGCUUAGGAAUGUCUGACUUUGUGGUCGGCUGAGUAGUACUUUGACAAUGUUUACAAUGCACAUAGCAAACAGAGGAGAUGUCACAGCGCAGCACGUCUGCUGCUCAGUGUGCCAUUGUUCCUAUUUCCACGGGAAAGCCCUGUCUCAUCGAGUUGACAAGUUGAAAUUUGGAAAAUGUGCCUGUCCACAAGGGGGGGGGCUCACAUCAACGCACAUCCCGGCUGGACUGUCCCUAAUGGCCAGCAGGUAACACAAUAUCGCCGCAGACAGCGAGCCAGAGGAGGACUCAAAAGGAGAGGCCCGAAAGAGGAAUGAAUCCGCGAGACAUCGGAGAUGAGGACUCAAGGGUUGGGAUGAUAACAGGCCUCGUGCGCCCCAGUGUCUUUAAAGUGUGUCGUCUCUUCGCCCAUGUUGCUCUUUGAUGCUCGUGACACCUGGGGCGAUUGGAACUGCGGGAAUUUACUGGAAAGAAAACCAACCUCCCUCCCCAAGCAAAUAGUUGUCUAACCAGUUUCAAAUGGCAUUUAUACAUCAGUCAUUUUGUGUUUACUACUGGUAGCUGAACUUACCUGCCGACAUGGAAAAUGUAGGUAUAUUAAAUAUGACUAAUAAUAUCAACAGGGAUUUGGGUAAAGCGCUAGAGCUGGUGUUGGCAAGUAAAACGGAUUGUAAAUUGUCUUCUGUAAUACUCAUUUUAUUUUGCUAGACCUACAUUUGAUAAGAUCACAUUUGAACACACCAUGUAAACAUUGCAAUCAUUUUCUUCCCAUGUUUGGAGCGUCAGAUAACGACUGUCAGCUCUGGUAUGAGCAGGACUGUAGUAGGGAGAGAGCCCUGGUCCAUCCAUGCAGCACGCAUGGGAGUGUCUUAUGAAAUAAUUGUUUUAUGUUUUUGAUAUAUUAGAUGUCCCUUCUGCACCCGUCUGACACUUCUGCAUGUUAUUACAAUUAUUAUUAUUGAUUUUUAGUUUUCUUUUAUGUUUUAGUGUUAAGCUCAGCACAUAAUUUAAGGAAUGUCAAAGUUAGUAGAUAGUAGUAAAAUAAGAAUUUUAGCUAAUGAUUGCGGUUACGCACUUACGACUCAACCGUGUGAAAACAAUGGCUCCUGCACUUGAAUGAUGCAGUUUCCAUAUUUCAAUUGUGACAGGGGAGGUGGGGGGGUUCUGGAAUCAUUGUUUUGAGACCCACAGGAUGUCCUGAGGAAGAAAGAAGUCAGCGCAGAGCUGUACGCUAGCAUUCAUGGCCAGGGAGGUGCACGACAGGGAGGCUUUUGCCUCUCUGUCUCCCCUCUCUUCGUGUCCUCAGAAGUUUCUCUGGAUUGCGGGUUUUCCUCCUCAUCGCAGCAUGCCAAAUUUGCUCUGAUGAAGAGAAAAUGGAGGCAGAAAAACCGACUGGAAAAGGGAACUUUGUGUAGCUUAUUAUUUCUGGUACCGGUUACAAGACAACGGCAGCCUGUGACGGGGGAAAAGCUGUCAACUUCAAGGAAGAGAACCAAGAAUACACAAAAGCUAUAUUUGGCGAGAUACACGCAUCCAUCGACAAUUUGGCAUUCACGUUCGGCAAUGUAGUUUCUGACUUCCUUAUGGGAGAUGUGGACAGUGGCUCAGGGUUGGGGAUCCCCCAGACCAGGAGAAGCAGGUCUUUUGACAAUAUCUGCGUGGAUCCUGAGGGAUACGCUUCAGAGAAAAAUGACCUUGUGGGCCCGGCGGUGUCGCUCACGCGGGAGGAAGAAGUCGACCUGACCCUCCUGAAGAAUGACAGCGGUGUGGAGUCGGCUCUUCUCUAUGCCAAAGCCUGGUCCAAAUAUAUCAAAGACCUUCUGGCCUGGAUGGAGAAGCGGCUGGCCAUGGAUAUUGAGUAUGCCAAAAGCUAUGCAAAAAUGGCUGAUUCUGCUAAGCAGCUGGCUAGCCAACAGGUAUAUAUGCCAUUCAGCGAAGUCUACAUUUCUACAUUCAAGAACGACAUUGAAUCCAAUCAGCUGCUAAUUCAAACCGCAAUGGCUCUGCAGACGAAUAAAUUCAUACAGCCUCUUCUGGCCCGUAAAAGUGAGCUCGACAAGUUGAGAAAAGACCUCAAGGAGCAGUGGCAGAGGGAACAAAAAAAAAUGCAAGAGGCAGAUGCAACCGUGCGCAAGGCGCGAGUACUGAAGGGCCAGAGGAGAGAGGAGUACCAGAAAGCCCGUUCAUCCACCAACCGCUCCCAGGAGGAGCAGUCGAAUACUGCUAACAAACAGCUGGAGAAGAAGAGGAAGCUGGAGGAGGACGCCCUGCAGAAGGCGGAAGAAGCCCGGGACCAGUACCAAAGCUGUAUGGCUGACGCAGGCGUCAGGAGAAUGGAUCUGGCCAAUGCCAAGAGCACCAUCCUCACACAAAUCCGAGAGAUGGUCUUCCAGUGUGACCUCACACUAAAAGCUGUGACAGUGAACUGGUUUCAGAUGCAGCAGGUGCAGAGCACCUCGUUCCCCACCCACUACCAGGCCCUCAGCGAGAGUACCAAGUUGUACGAACCGGGAGAAUGUUACGCUGAGUUCGUCCGGAAUCUGCCAAGAAAUCUGCCUAAAGAACGUGUGCACUUAGACUCGACCUCCUCUGACAAUACCAGGUUUGUGUUCAACAAAAGGUCUGUGGGCAGCACCCAUUCCUCCCACGGCAACUUGUCUCAGGCAUCCAUCGCCUCCUGUGACGUGUUGAGCGGCGACGAAGCGGACAGUCCCGUCCACCGGCCUGCAAAGAUCAGCGAGCGGAUGUCCAACAGCAGCACGGACAUACAAGCGGUAAGAAGCCAGACCACUCUGGCAACCUGGGCCUCAAGCAGUCAGGGCAGCCAGGGCGGCAUGUGCAGCGACUCGGAGAGUGCCGGAGGCAGCAGCGAGUCCAGGUCCAUGGACUCCCCCACUGCCAGUCCAGGUGUCUUUAAGCGACGGUUGCCGAGGACUCCCUCCACUGGGACCAUGUCUUCCGCUGAUGACUUGGAUGAGAGAGAGCCGCCUUCGGACAAUGGUCUGGCAGAGAUGGUGACAGAGACGGCCAGUUCUCCAGGUCCCUUCCGGAAUGCUCAGAUGUCCAAAGCCGCUCAAACCCAUAAGCUGAGGAAACUACGCGCCCCGUCCAAGUGCAGAGAGUGUGACAGUUUGGUGGUUUUCCAUGGAGCCGAGUGUGAGGAGUGUUCCCUGGCCUGCCACAAGAAGUGUCUAGAGACGCUUGCUAUCCAGUGUGGCCAUAAAAAGCUGCAAGGCAGACUACAGCUGUUUGGGAUCGACUUUGCCCAAGCAUCAAAGAACAGCCUGGAUGGCGUCCCUUUCAUCAUCAAGAAGUGCACGUCUGAGAUUGAGAGUCGAGCCCUCAACAUCAAGGGGAUUUAUCGUCUGAAUGGGGCUAAAUCGCGUGUCGAGAAGCUUUGCCAGGCGUUUGAAAAUGGGAAGGACUUGGUCGAGCUGUCGGACCUUUCACCCCAUGACAUCAGCAACGUCCUCAAACUCUACCUGAGACAGUUACCAGAGCCGUUGAUCCUGUAUCGAUACUACAACGACAUCAUCGGCUUGGCCAAAGAGUGCUCGAGAGUGAUUGUUGAGGAAGCUGACAAACCCCCGAGCGCCCCGCCGGGGGAGAAGGGGGAGGCGAGCAUGCAGCUCAACAGGGUCAUUUUCAAGAUCAGAGACCUUCUCCGCCAGCUGCCUACAGCCAAUUACAGGACUCUGCGUUUCCUAAUUGCGCACCUACACAGAGUGACGGAGCAGGCCGAGGAGAACAAGAUGACUGCGAGUAACCUGGGCAUUAUCUUUGGCCCCACGCUGGUCAAGCCGCGACAGGCAGACGCUGAGGUGUCCCUUUCGUCCCUGGUCGACUACCCCUACCAGGCCCUGAUGGUGGAGUUUCUGGUGCGACACUUUCAGACAGUCUUUGACGUCUCACUUUUGUGCAGCUCUGAUAACACCGUCACUGGCCAGGCGUCGCCCAGACUCACCCCCUUGGAGAAGCUGCAGCGGCUCAGCAGACACUCCGCCUCCCUCACGGACUUCAAAGAGAGUGCCAAAGUGUUCAAAAGAUACUCCUCAGUAAUCCCGUCCUCGCACAUCAUGGAUGAGGUCCCGGAGGUGCAGCCGGCAACCAACCCAUCAGAGGUCUCUGCCCCGGACAGGCUCAACGGGAAGCAGUCACCAAGCGAAGGAGACGUCCAGAGGUCGACCUUAGUGUUUGGUCGCCCCAGCACCACCGUUCCCUCCACCACCGCUGUGCCGCCCAAGGUCCAGUUACGCACCCAGCGCACCAGGAACGUGUCUCGACCGAUCAGCAUGCCGCUCGAACGCCUGCCCAACCGCGCCCAGAUCAGCGAGAGGAAUCAGCGCAACGGUGCCACCAAAGAUGAGGCGAGCUCCGCUGAGCGGGACCCGGUCUCUGAAACCAUCCAAGAGAUACCAGAGCCGGAAAAGGCUCGUCAAAGUGGCUCGUCAAGGGUCAGCACCUACUACAUCACCCCUUUCUAUGACACACAGACAGUGCAGAGGAAGACGUGGGACAGGAAGUACAAGCACUAUGAUGUUACACCCAGGACUGCUAAGAUUGUGGCCAACCUGCCGUCGGCCACCUCUGGAGUACAACCCGUAAAGGCGACGGUGCCGGUCCCGGUGGCCGCUGCCGCCGUGCCCCCCACCACGUGUGGUGCGAGCACGGUUUUCUCCAUCAACCCCUACGCGGCGUCGGUCAAGCCUGGCUGGACUUCUAAAAGGGAAGACGACGCGGACAAUUCGGUCGGUAAGUCGAGCAGCUCACCGAACCAAAUGUUAACGCUCAGGGCGCCGCGGACUCUGCAGCCUCCCCCUGGGACUUUCUAUAAGCCCCCCGUGCCCAUUAACCACAGAGCCAGGACGCUUCCAAACUGGACUACAGCCGUUACCACCACCACCACCACCACCACCACCACCUCCACCUCAUCGCUCGCCCCCACCCACUCCACCCAGGUGGUCACCCUGUCCUCUGCCCCAUCAAGCCCAACACAGACACAGGACCCCACUGGCAGCGUCAUGGACGCAGGGGUCUCGACCUUCGCCACCCUUUCUCCCCCGCAGUCCCCUCCCCCCAGCAGCCCCGACGACCUCAGCCCCACCGAGACCAAACCCGUCUACCAAAGACUGCGACCUCGGCAGAUGCAGGAGCCGGAGCGCAGAGAGGCCCAUUUCGUCUGACGCCAAAAACCAUAUUAUAUCUGUAAAUAGUAAUGUAUCUGUGCCAUAAUGUAUACAAUGGAAAACAUGUUUUUGUUCAUACAAACUGAGAGCGGGAGAAAUUUUGGCCUGCGAAAUGAAACCAUAAAAGUGUUACAAGUACUAAUAUAUUGUAUUUUACAUGUUCAAGUCAAAAUGACCACAGUGGUCGGUCUACAAAGCAAUCAAAGCAAACGCAUGUGGAAGUGUAAAGCAAACAUAAAAAACAAACAAAUUGAUAUAUUUCUGUAAAGAAUGGUCCUGCCAAUCAUUUUUGUUGUUUUAAUUGAACCUAUAAGUUCAUGUUCAAUGUUUGAUUUGUUGAUUUUAUAUACAAAAUUAUAUUGAAUCACACAAUGCACUUAACACAGGUUCAAUUUCUAAUGUUGCCUUAAAUGUUCAAAUUUGCUUAAUUUUGUAUUUUAUUUGGAGGUAUUUUUAACAUGACAUUUUCAACUUGAAAGAGUUAAACAGCUUUUUUAAUUGGUCCCUUGUUGCCUGUGAUUGGUACAUCUUUCCUCCGUAUCUAAACCGUAUGUAUCUGUUUACCUUUUUUAUACUCAUUCAUACACACUGCAUGUUCGUCAGUUGUUUGGUCUCAUCGCGUUAUUGCGACUAUACAGAAGAAAAAUGACAAGCAACAGUUAUUGCUGCAAAUUAAAACUGUAGUUCCAACUUUUAAA